AUGUUCCUCAACCCUGAAGUCAUGGUCCUAGGUCUCCUGUGGCUGAGCUUUACCAUCCUUGUGGUCCUGCAGAUCCAGGCCCGGGACUCCCCCCCAAACUUGAUCCCAGCCCCGCUUCUGCAGAUGCUCCCUCUGCAGCCUGACUUCCAGAAUGAGCUGUACAUGCAAGUUGGGUACAUCUUCAGGACCUCUACAUGGAACCGGCGCUAUGACCAGUGGUUCGGAACCUUCAUCCCAAAUUGGCAGCCAGGCCAAUUCAAACUGGUCAACCUUGAGCGUUACCCUGGAAUACAGGACUACACUGCACGAGUGGUGGCCACAGACUACAACCAGUCUGCCAUGGUGUUCUUCAAGAAAUAUCACAACAACCAGGCAUACUUCAACGUCAACCUCUAUGGGAGGACCAAGAGGCUGACGCAGGAGCUGAAGGAAAACUUCAUCAGAUUCGCAAAAUCCCUUGGCCUCACCGAUGACCACAUUAUCAUCUUACUUAUACCCAUUGGUAAUCAUUAG